CUCUAUCGCUGCUACGUUGUCUGGAGUGGGGAUCGAAAAAUCAUGGUUCUACCAUUUCUUCUGUAUUUGGCAGACAUAUCCGUUGGAGCACAGUCAUGCAACGCUCUUCUGUCCAUCAAGCCUGGACAGCUCAUUUUUGUCAAUACACUGGCGAAGUGGGCGUUGACCUUUUUCUCGUUGACACUGACCCUCAACGCCGUAUGCACACUGCUCAUAUCAUACCGUAUCUGGAGUACAUCUCGGGCUGUCGCUCACACGAGAUCUGGACGAGGACGGUCACUUUGGAGAGUCAUAGAAAUACUUGUCGAGAGCGCAGCCGUAUACUCUUGCUCUCUGUUGGCCAUGAUCGGGACAUAUGUGGCAAAUAGCAACGCCCAGUACAUCACUCUCGAUGCUUUACCUCCCAUAAUUGGGAUUGUAGUACGUCUAUCUGAUUAA